CAGCUGUGUGAUCUUUUUGUUUUUCUUCAAUCAAGAAAUAUGAGGCUUGAUUUCACAGAAGUUUUCGGCGUGUGUAAAAGUAUUGCAACAGGGGUUUUACUGUAUCCACUGUUAGAUUUUUUAGAAUGUCAAGAGGAUGAUCCUUCUUUCUGGGACUCUAUGGCGUACUUGUUUGGUUUGGAAGAACGAAUCGACAAAUGCAAGGAUACAAGUGACAUAGUGAAGGCUUUGCUGAUAAUUAUUGUAAUAGAAAUCGUAUGGAUGGUUCUGGUGUUGUUGGAACCCAGGAAGCCUUUAAUCAAAAAGCCGGAAACAAGGGUUCGGGAUAUGGAAGAGGACAAUGUGAUCAAUGCUAUUGUAACAGAUGCUGUUAGGAGUGCACAACAGAGUUUCUCAUCAUAAAUAGCUAGAUUUUGAAACAUUUGAUAUAAAAAGAAUAAACAUAGGUAUAAAUAAAACAAUGAUUUUUAUGGAGUAUAUAGGUUUUGAAUUCAAUUUUAAAAAUUUCUUAAUCAUCCUAUUCCCAAGGAAUUUCCAUUAUGUUUAAAAAUGAAUAUUACAUCAAAGCAUACAAAAGGGGAAUUUCAUAAGAAUGCAAAUCAUUGU